UUUCUUCUUCAAAUUACUUUUAAGCGCUCUUUCAUGUUAUUAGGAGUAGCUUAAAUCUAAUCAUUAUUCUGACAUUCGCUCAUGGAAAAAAAUAUAUAUGUCAGUUUAUUGUAGUUCAGUUUGUAAUUGAUAACAGUUAUCAUUUUUUUUCAGUCGCCUCUGGUGAUUAAAAGACUUUUUCUUUCUUUCUUCUAAAUUAAAAACAGUAAAACAAUUAGGUCAUUUUUUCAGAAGAUAUGAAGGGAAAAUAGGUAGGUAAAGUAAAAAGGUGAAAAAGAUUGCAUUUUCUUUUCUAUAAUAUAUGAAAUAAAUCUGUGCCCUCUCCCCCACCAUUUUUUCCCCGUUGUGUAUUUCAGAAACUCUGUACGGCUGGAUCGUGGUCUUCGUACUGCCAAUCAACAGUGCCCUGAAUCCCAUCCUCUACACCAUAAGCACCACGCCCUUCGUGAUGUGGUUCAUGCGCUCUAUCAAGAGAGGUAAAUGGCCGACAGCUCGUUGCUACAUGGGCCGUAAAAUUGACAUGUCAGAAGCCAGAGGUCGCAGCGACAGUUCUGACGGAUAUACCUCAUAUACGAACUUGCCAAAGCGUGCCUCCUGUUUCUCCACCGGCACCAACGGCCCGCUCGGGCUCCAGCUCGAAUCCGUGUCGUCUGUCUCCACGUGCUUGCCGUCGGUGUCGGCGAUGAUGACGACACCGCUGAACGUCAUCGACGAGUUGGCUUCCCCAGAGACGCCCCCGCCGAUGAACGGGUUAAAAGACUGUCGACGCCGAUCGUGUGUCUAGCUGAUCUUAUGGAGUGAACACGUAUGCAAUCGAAAACGACAAUGAACAUGCCUCGGAGAAUCUGAGGAAUAUAUUCAUGUAUUACCAUGAUCACGUACAUUCAAUAAAGGCCCUACUGCUGUGAAUUCGAGGAGCAGAUAUCCGAUAACAAGUCAAUGCUUUCAUCAUAACACAUUUAACAACGCUUGAUUGGCAGAGUGAAUGCUCUUCAUCGCUUUAUCUAUUCAUUCUGCAAAAUAUAUACCUGUUUAAUGAGGAUGUUUCUCCUGGAUCCAUAUGUUGCGAAUAAUAUAAACUUUUUAGUGUCUUCACACGGCAUGUCUACACAGCCGAUUCUUAAGCUUUCCAUCUAUUCGUUUCUUAAUUUCAACAAAA